AUGACGUCAGUGUAUUUCACACUGGCAGUGACCACUCUGGCGUUGUUCUCCGCAUUGGUAGCAUCAGAUAAUGGAAAUAACAGUGUCACCGAUAUACCAGACAAUAGUACAGCGAUCACAACGACUCUCACUACUAGUACCAAGAAGCAUCGGCGCCCUAAGACAUGUUAUCACUGUAGCUACACGCGGUCGGACGAGGACACGGCGUGUGUAGAUAGACCCGGGCUGUUCAAAGGCAUCAGCACUGUGCCCUGUGAGUUGCAGUAUUGUACGUCUUCUGUUGAAUUCAUCAGAGGGAAAGUUGUGUCAGUGUCACGCAAUUGUGAGGACCUCUCGCGUGGGAAUUUCUGCAACACAAACGGCCAAUCAAAAUCUUGUGUGGUCUCGUGCACAACCAGCUACUGCAACGGCGGUGACGGAAUUCCACAGGAAGUGACGUCAAUAGAUUUUGACUUCACCAAGUGCCAAGGUUUAAAUCCACGGGAAAGAGACGCGUGUUUAAAGAGAGUAAAAGGAGAGAACGCAUCGGACAGAGAGCUGGAGAGAAAAUGUAACAAGCAUAAGCAUGAAAUAAUGAGGGAAAGGUGUUUUAAUAAAGCCUAUGGACGAACGGUCCCACCGAUAAGAAAAAUAAAGACGGCUUGGGGGACUAAACUGGUGUAUGCGACUAACUCGAAUACAGGAGUCAGGCCUUAUUUCAUAUUAGUAGUUGUGAUAAGCGCCUUUAUUUUACACAGCUUUUUCAUAUUUUGAUUUAGUUGGUUAUUUUUAUAAA